GAACAUUGGCAAAUUGCGGAGAAAACCAUUGACUACCUGAACCUUAUCUUUGACGCAACUCUCGAUGAAACAAACGUGCUUGCAAAGGUCCUCCUUCGUCCAUAUGGAAAGGAGGUUCACGUCCAUCUCGCAGCCCGGGAUAUGGCUCCUCAUUUAUACGGAAUUUCCACUGUGCAUGGCUUUGUGCAUCAACGACUGGAGGAGAUUCUGGAAUGCUUGGAAGCUGAGGGAAUGGUUCAUGGAGACUUUCGAAUGGCGAAUAUCAUGCUAAAGAUAGGGGAGGAGGAAAAAGCGAUGCUAAUAGACUUUGAUUGGGCCGGAAGAGGAGGGGAAGUAAAGUAUCCCAUCACUCGCAGCGAUGGCCUCAAGUACCCUGGAGAGCCGGGAGGGCCUAUUUCGGCGGGAGAUGAUUGCCUAUUGUUUGAAAAGUGGCGCAUGUCUUUGCCCGCCUUCUCCCCUCCAGUGAUGACAGAAAGACUCCCUCUACCAAAUUUUCGAGAGGAUAAUG